CCUGCCAAACAAAAUUCUGUGCUUGUAUAGGUUUUCAGAAAAUCUAAACUGAGGGUGUAAAUACUGCAAAGCAACCAGUUGUUACACGUUUUGUCGUUAACAUAACCUACGAACAUCAAUUUAAGAUUCGAAAACCAUGUCUAAAAUUAAGAAAAAGUUGCUUCCGAAGGGUAUAAGAUCGAAGCGUUCUAAAAAAGGUCUAAAUACAAAGGUGUUAAAAAAAAAUCAAAAAAUUAAGAUUCCAAAAAAAGAAAAAGGAAAUGCUAAUAGUUUUGAGGAAGAGUGGUCAGAGAAACGACUAAUAUUAGGGGAAGAAGAAAACCAACCUACUGAAAAUUAUGACUCUGAGGAAAGCGAUUUAGAUGAGGAAGCGUUACAAGAGAGGCAUAGAAAAGAUUUGGAUAAAUUAAAGAAAACAGAUCCUGAAUUUUAUAAGUUUUUGGAAGAUAAUGAUAAAAAAUUACUCCAUUUCAAUUUAUCUGAUGAAGAAGAUGCAGUACUGGACGAAACUGAAGAUGUUGACUCUGUUCAUAAGCCAACUCAUGAUUUAGAAGUUGCAAGUGAUGAAAGUGAUUUUGAAGGUGAUGAUGUUAAGUCGGGACAGAAAGACAACAGGGUUAUAACUUUAAAAAUAAUCAAAAAGUGGCAAUCUGACAUCCAAGCCGAUAGAAGUAACAAAACUAUUGUUGAAGUGACCCAAGCUUUUCAUGCAGCACUUUUACGGGUUUCAAACAUUGACAUGCCAGAUGAUGAAUCUGUCAGAUUUAAAGUCGAAGGGUCUUCCAUUUUUAACGCUGUUGUACAAUUAUGUGUUAUGGAGUUGGGUCCAGCAAUAAGGAGAUAUUUGGGUCUUCAAUCAGGUUCUAAACUAUUACCGCAUAAAUGUAAAAAAUUUAAUAAGGUGAAGGGUAUUUUGAAAUUGUACUUUUCAGAUCUAUUAAAGCUAUUACUGGGGGUGACUUCAUCAAAUGUUCAGUGUGUUCUUCUAAAACAUUUGCAUUACAUGUCUCAUAUGUUAGCCUCUUACUCGAACAUAACAAAAUCAAUUGUUAAAAAGCUGAUUAGUUUAUGGGGUUCAGCUGAUGAUUCGGUUCGAGUUCUUGCAUUCUUAUGCAUUUUACGCAUAACUACGACUCAGACCGGGGGGAUUCUUGAUACAACUUUAAAAUCUAUGUAUCUGACGUUUGUUAAACACUCGAAAUUUGUUAGUAUUAGUUCACUGGCGCUGAUUAAUUUUAUGAAGAGAUCAUUGGUUGAAAUGUUCAGUUUGGACAUAAACAUAUCCUAUACCCAUGUCUUCUUGUACAUUAGACAGUUGGCUAUACAGUUACGCACUGCCAUUACAGUAAACAAAAAAGAAAAUAUUCAAGCCGUUUACAACUGGCAGUUUAUUAAUUCUUUGCGGUUGUGGGGUAAUUUGUUAUCUGUGACUUACAAGAAGCAACAGAUGCAGCAGUUGGUAUAUCCUUUUGUGCAAGUAUGCUUAGGAACUUUAAAAUUAGUGCCUACCGGUCAAUAUUUUCCUCUAAGGUUUCAUGUGGUUCAACUAUUAAUUGAUUUUAGUAGAGACACUGGAGUGUUUAUCCCUGUGCUGCCCUUUUUGCUCGAGAUUUUAACUUCGUUUGAUUUUAACAAAAAACACCAGAAACUUUCAAUGAAACCAAUGCAUUUCACUUGUUUAUUGAGAUUAUCAAAGUCUCAACUUCAAGAAAAUGGAUUCAAAGAUACCGUGAUUGAUACUGUUUAUGGACAAAUUUUAGAAUAUCUCUCCAAUCAAUCUAAUAGCAUAGCAUUUCCAGAUUUAAGCUUGGUUUGCAUAAUUCAUAUUAAACAAUUCUUAAAGACAUGCAGAGUGGCAAAUUACACCCGAAAAAUGAAACAGCUUUUGGAGAAAAUUGAACAAAAUACCAAGUUCAUUGAAGAUGAAAGGUCAAAAGUUACAUUCAGCUUAACAGAUCAAAAUCAAAUUGAAGGUUGGGAAUCCCAAAUUAAAGUGAAGGGUACUCCUUUAACUACCUAUUAUGAAAGUUGGAAUAAAUUGAGAAAUAUUAAGAGGAAUAAAGAAUUCACUAGAAAUGAUCAAUUAGGCGAUUACAAGUUACCAACGUUAAAUAAAGUUAAAAAAAAGGCAACCCAAAAGGCAGAAGGGCGCGUUGAAUUAUUUCCAAGUGACAGUGAUGAUUCAGCCCAUGAAGGAAUCAAAAAGUUUAAACGAGGAAAAAGAGGAGGUAAAAAGAAUAAGAAAGCUUUUGAAGAAGCUUCAGCAGAUAGUGAUAAUCAGCAAGAUAUUGUUGAAGACGUAAAUGCUGAUGAUUGGUAAAUUUAUUGUACAUAUUAUUAAGUUUUUGCACAAUAAAAUAUGCCACAUUUUUUCUUUUA